GCUCAGCUUAAGUGUGUGUGAUGAUCAUGACCAUUGUUCAUUCUCCUUACCUUAAUAACCGGCGCGCGCGUUUACUUCACUCCUUUCUGUUGUUAUUAAGGAGCAGCUUCAGCACUGGCUUGUUCUGAAAUUUUGCAAGAUCAAAAAUGGACAGAGAGCUGAACAUCACUCUUGGGGAUGAUGAGAACUUGACUUUGCCCAACGUGUCUAUAGAAUACACCAUACGCCGGAGCAACAUCACAUAUGUUGGAUUUUACCUGCACGAGCCAUCAGUAGUAGCUAUCUUCAUAGUCUCAUACUUACUCAUAUUCUUGGUCUGCAUGGUUGGAAAUGCAGUUGUGUGCUUCAUUGUCUUAAGGAGCAAGAAUAUGCGUACUGUCACUAACCUGUUUAUUCUCAACCUGGCUGUCAGUGACCUCCUCGUUGGGAUUUUUUGCAUGCCAACAACUCUUCUUGACAACAUUAUUACAGGUUGGCCAUUUGGAAACAUGGUUUGCAAAAUGAGUGGAAUGGUCCAGGGCAUAUCUGUCUCUGCCUCUGUCUUUACUCUGGUUGCUAUUGCAGUUGACAGAUUCAGAUGCAUUGUUUAUCCUUUCAAGCAAAAACUGACAAUAUCGACUGCCACACUCAUCAUUGUAAUCAUAUGGGUUUUGGCCAUAUCGAUCAUGUGCCCCUCUGGAGUCAUGCUUCAAGUAACGAAAGCGCAAACCAUUCGUGUCUUUCUUGGGGAUGGCAACAGGACAAAUCCUUUCUACUGGUGUCGGGAAAACUGGCCAAAUCAAGAGAUGAGAAAGAUAUAUACCACUGUUUUAUUUGCCAACAUAUAUCUGGCCCCUCUAUCCCUAAUAGUGAUCAUGUAUGCGAGGAUUGGGAUCACUUUGUUCAAAACAGCUGUGCCAACAGGUGGAAAACCUGGCCAUGACAACCGCCACACCGUGUCCAAGAAGAAACAGAGAGUCAUCAAAAUGCUUCUUAUUGUGGCCUUUCUCUUCAUCUUGUCCUGGUUGCCUCUGUGGACACUGAUGAUGCUUUCUGAUUAUGCCAGUCUUACUGAGAACCAGUACAGGCUUAUUAACAUCUACAUCUAUCCUUUUGCCCACUGGCUUGCUUUCUUCAACAGCAGUGUCAACCCUAUAAUUUAUGGUUUCUUCAAUGAGAAUUUUCGUCGUGGAUUUCAAGCCAUUUUUAAGUUUAACCUGUGCUCAGUGGGCGGUCAUCGACGGAAGACUUACUCCCAUAGAAUGCAGAGUAACUCUGUGCUGCCAGCUAAUCCUCAUCCCUCUACUGAGCCUAUCUCACUGAACAGUGUGGACAAUUCAAGAGUCAACCAUGUGAAUGAGCAAGACUUAGUUAUGGAGGACCUUGAAAAAGUAUCUGAAAGCAGUUUGGGCGGAGCUUCACCCUAA